CCUCAAUCUGUUUACAGUUGUCGCCCUUGUGUGCGGUUUUCCAAAAUAUUGCGCGCAAAUAGUCUUAAAAUAUCAAUGACUUUUUGCUGACAAGUGAAAACGAAAACAAUCUCAGCUGUGUCUUGGAAAGUUAAUUAUCGGGUCAUUUAUAAAGAAAGUAGAUAAGAUUGCACAAAAUGUCAUCCACAUCACAGAAGCACAAAAAUUUUGUCUCUGAGCCGAUGGGAGACAAGCCAGUCACAGAACUAGCUGGCAUUGGUGACGUUCUGGGCGGCAAGCUGGAAGAAGCAGGCUUUGAUAAGGCUUAUGUGGUGUUGGGCCAGUACCUAGUGUUCAGAAAGGACGAGGAGCUGUUCAAGGAAUGGCUCAAAGAUACGACAGGGGCCAACAAGAAACAGCAGAAUGAUUGCUUUGGAUGCCUCAAGGAAUGGUGCGACCAGUUCUUGUAGACAUGAAGCUGGAAAAUGGAAUACGAUUUCAUUUCAGUGUUGUUCUUUUUUAAAUGUAAUUUAUUGUUAUUAGGAUGUAAUGUUUAUCAGUAAUCAGCUAAUUUACGAUGUAAUUUAUAUAGCAUUAGCUUGAUAACUGCAACUUGGUUUGUCAUGCACCUUAUUCAUGGUAUUGUGCGCAGUACUCUUUUGUUUAUGUCAGCUUGUAUCAAUACAGAAUCUUUUAGAUUGUCUAUAAAGAGAUUGCCAGUAUUUGAUUUUAACUAAACUAACUGUUCAUAUGUGCACAUGACUUAUUGAAAUAAACCCUGUUUGGUUUGGUACUAUUCAACAAUGUUGCAUUGUAAAUGUUAUAGCCUUAAAACAUGGUAGAAGUUUGUUUUAAUGUUAAUGCUGGAGUACUUAGAACAAUAAGGAGACUGAAAUAUGCGUGACACUUUUAAGUAUAUGCUUUAUUCAGCACUUAAUAUUUAACACAAAAGCAAUUUUUAACUACACUUGGAGACUUUUCUAACGCAUCACUUAAUCAUAUCAAUAUAGCUCCCUUAUUUUUAAAAUUCCUGAAAAUUUAAUUGAAAUUGAAAAACAACAAAAUAUAAACUUUGACAAAUUUAAAACGUCGCUUCAAAAGUCAAAUUUGCAAACUCGUAUAACGUUCAAUAAUAACAAUGUGAAAAGUAAAAAGCAUAAACCUACACGUCUUAAUAACUUACUGACUUUGCAACAUGCCGAUUGAGCCGUUAUGCUCCUGAAUAUUCAUAUGAGCCAUAUUGUUUUUCUUUAAUUAAUGUUAUGUUUUUUUUGUAUAAAAACUUACCUAGAAUUAUGAAAUUGAAAUUAAAUUGGAAUAACAUGUAUUUUGCCUUUUACUACAAUUGGUGAUUUUUCUAAAGCAACACUUUUAAAACUUACAUAUCUCAGUAAUGAGUAAAUAUUUUUAUUUAAAAUUGCACAUGUGAUCAUUUUACUACAAUAUGUGCAAGCUAACGAUAAAAUCAUUCAUCCGUGACGAUCUGACGCUUUAGCAAGUGGGAAAGGUAGCCUGUAAAAUGCAAAGUGCGCGAUUGCGCUCCUGAAUAUUCACACAAGCUAUAUUGUUUUGUUAAUUAAUUUUAUGUUUUCCUUGUGUAAGAACCCACCUCAAAUAAUUAAAUUGCAAUAAAACUAGUAUUAAAUCGCGUUUCACCAUUUCCACGUUCAAAAAUAUGGAACCACACCUACCCCACGUAAAGCGUCCAAUUGUCGUGGAUGAAUGAUUUUCUCGUGAGCUUGCAUAGAAUGUAGUCAAAGGAUGGUAUGUAAAAUUUUUAAUCAAUACCUUUACUCAUAACUGAGAUAUUCAAAAUUGUAAUGUGAUGCGCUAGAAAGUGUAUUUUUGUAGUGAAAGAUGAAGGCAAGCUUCUUGGUGAGCUUAUAUUGGAUAAGGCUAAGAAUGAUGAUAUAAGAGGAUAAUUGAUUUAUUAUAUAGUUGGCUAAAAAUUGCAUUAAAGCAAAACACUUGGACUCAACAAGUUAUAAGGCACUAAAUGGACAAUGUUGAAAAUUUGGCUUGAAAUGUUGACCAUUUGUGUAGUGCUUGAGUGUGUUCAUACCAAAAUGUUGAAAUAAAUUGUAAGAAAAUUGAGCUCAUCUUUUAACAGCUGCAAUAUACACAAACAGGAAAUUUACAAUUGAACCAUGUAGUACGUGUGGCCAUGUGUAUAUGAUGUUGAUGUAGCUUUACGCACAAUUUAUUGCUGUUAUUUUCAACACAGCUGUUCAUUUGUAUUUGCAAUGGUCAAUUUUUGUUUGUUCAUGUAAAAUAUGGAGACCUAUUGGUACAUAAAUUCUUUAAUAAACAAUUACCAUAAAAAAAAAUAAUUUAGGAUGUCCAAUGUUGAAUGUCUUAUUGUUCAAUUCUGAAUACAUAUAUGAUAAUUAGUUUGGCAUCAGAAAUAUUUUAGUUUUUAAAUGUCAUUAAACUUAUAUUUAAAGCUA